AUGACGUCACAUGACGGCGACGGCGAUGGCGGUGGAGACGGCGAUGGCCCACAUCCUAUUGGUAAGGAAGAUGACGAAAGAGGAGAGAGCGCCGGCCAGACAGGAAUCCUGUCGCCGGAAAAUCAAGAUUCUUGGCCGGGGGACACGUCGGACUCGGAAAGCACGACCGGCGACGGGGAGGAUAAAAGGGAGACCGAGGGUAAAACGGGAGAGGAAAUUACUGCGGCGGAAGACGAGGAGGACGGGUUCCGGACGCCGACUUCGUCGGAGCACAGGAUUCCGGCGCCCACUGUGUGCCCGCCGGCGCCGAGAAAACCCUGCCCGAAGAGGAGGCGGUCGAGGUCGCCGGCGGCUCGCCGGUGCUUGGAAUUGGACGCGUCGGAGGAAGUCGAGUCGGUUUUGCAGUCGGAGGACGGCGGCGGAGACGAGCCGGAGAACAAGAGAGCUCGGAAGAGCAACGGCGACGGCGGCAAUGAAGGCCGAUCGUGA